GGGUUCCCCGGCUCCGGAGCAUAAACAAGAGCGGGCACGGGAUGAGGCGGCGGUUGAUCCCCGGGCAGCCAGCUGCGGCCAGCGAGGCUGCGAGCGGGGCCCGGCGCCGACCCUGAGCGCACCCGACACGCCCCCCCGCGCGCGAGCCCCCGGCCGGGCCCUCCCGACGCGCGCUCAUCAUGAACCUGGCGAGUCAGAGCGGCGAGGCCGGCGCCGGCCAGCUGCUCUUCGCCAACUUCAACCAGGACAACACGUCCCUAGCUGUUGGUAGUAAGUCCGGUUAUAAAUUUUUCUCCCUUUCUUCUGUGGAUAAGCUGGAACAGAUCUAUGAAUGCACUGAUACUGAAGAUGUGUGCAUUGUAGAAAGAUUAUUUUCAAGCAGCUUAGUGGCCAUCGUUAGCCUCAAAGCUCCUAGGAAGCUCAAAGUUUGCCACUUUAAGAAAGGAACCGAGAUCUGUAACUACAGCUACUCGAAUACCAUCCUGGCUGUGAAGCUGAACAGGCAGAGGCUAAUAGUAUGCCUGGAGGAGUCUCUCUAUAUACACAACAUUCGGGACAUGAAAGUCCUGCACACGAUCAGGGAGACCCCUCCCAACCCUGCAGGCCUGUGCGCACUGUCCAUACACAACGACAAUGGUUACUUGGCGUACCCAGGCAGUGCCACCAUCGGAGAGGUGCAGGUCUUCGACACCAUGAACUUGAGAGCUGCGAACAUGAUCCCGGCUCACGACAGUCCUUUGGCAGCGCUGGCGUUUGACUCCAGCGGAACCAAGCUCGCCACUGCCUCGGAGAAGGUGCGUCUGCUGUGGCCCGGUAGGAAACUGGCUCGGGGCUUCGGCGCGCUUCCGCUCACACAGCCAAGGCACCGAACGGGUUUGUGCCGACCGGCCCCCAGAGAAGCGCACGUAGCUCCCCGCCUGGAGCGCGCUCUGCCGCCGGAGCGCCCGUGUUCGGGGCAGGCGCGCGGGGUCGUGCAGAGGAGGUGUGCGUGUGUGAGCAGCAGCCCCGGCCGGUGUGCUUCUCGGGGACGCACUAGUGGGUGCCGUGCCGCGGACGUACUUCCGGCCAGGGCAGGUGUGAACACAUUUCCGUGUGUUUCCCUUCCUUCUUUUUCUGUUACUUAACAAAAUUGUGAUCAUCCCAUACGUGUAAUUUACCAUUCCCUUUCACUCUGCAUGAUAUUAGAUUUCUCGAAGUUCAAAAACACUUCUAAUGGCCGUACAGUGUUCAGUCGUGGUUUACUUGACCGUUGCCCUUUGGGGACGUUUAUAUUGUUCCUAAUUAGAUUGCAGUAAUAUAAUAACAUUUGGAAUAUAGAUAAUUCUUACAUAAAAAUCUCUUUUUUCUGCAUCCUUAUUCACUUAAGAGAUUCCAGUGAGUGGGUGCCUCGGCUCAGUUGGUUAAACAUCUGACUCUGAUUUCGGCUCAAGUCACGAUCUCGGUCGUGAGAUCAAGCUCCAUGU